CACAAAAUAACACUAUUUAUUCAUUGUUACUUAAGCAAUUCAUCUUCCUUGAAUUUAAACAUAGAGAUUGUUCUUCUUCUAUUACAAUCUUCAGCUACUCUCAUUUACUGAGUAUUUGAACCCGUUUGAAUAUGGCUGAGCCUGCACAAUCUAAUGCGGAGCUGUUGGAAUGGCCGAAAAAAGAUAACCACCGCUUCCUGCAUGUUGUUUACCGAGUUGGUGAUCUUGAUCGCACCAUCAAGUUUUAUACCGAAGCUUUUGGAAUGAAGCUUUUGAGGAAAAGAGAUGUUCCAGAAGAGAAAUAUACUAAUGCUUUUCUUGGAUUUGGUCCUGAACAAUCUAAUUUUGUUGUGGAGUUAACUUAUAAUUAUGGGGUGACCUCGUACGAUAUUGGAACUGGCUUUGGACAUUUUGCUCUCGCAACACCAGAUGUCUACAAAUUUGUUGAAAAUGUCCGAGAUAAGGGUGGAAUCGUCGCUAGGGAGCCUACUCCAGUUGGUGAUACUGUUAAUGCCUUUGUGAAGGAUCCUAAUGGUUAUGUUUUUGAAAUUCUCCAAAAAGCUUCAACCCCUGAGCCGUUAUGCCAUAUAAUGUUUCGUGUUGGUGACUUAGACCGCACAAUAAAGUUCUAUGAAAAGGCUUUGGGUUUUAAGCUGGUGCAGAAGUUUGAUAUACCUCAAAACAAGAUCACUUUAGCUAUAAUUGGUUAUGGCGAAGAGCCCGAGAGAGUUGUGUUGGAGUUAUUAUAUAACUAUGGUGUCACUGAAUACACCAAGGGAAAUGCUUAUGCACAGGUUGCUAUUGGAACCGAUGAUGUAUACAAGAGCGCUGAGGUAGUCAAGAUAGUCACUCAAGAGCUUGGAGGGAAGAUUACCAGGCAACCAGGGCCAAUUCCUGGCCUUAACACAAAGAUCACUUCUUUCUUAGAUCCUGAUGGAUGGAAAAUAGUGUUGGUCGAUAAUCAAGAUUUUAUGAAGGAGCUGGAAUGAUGAGUGUUGGAGUGAAGAAUUAUUGGUUUCAAUGAAUAAUAAGAGUCUUGGUGCUACUUUUUAUGAAAAUAAGUUGUAUGUCUUUAUGAUUGAAGAUAUAUCAACAUGUAUGUUAUCAUUAAUCGGGAUAAUAGUAUUCGGUUUGGCUUUUAUAAUGUUACUCUCUUCUAGACUCAAAUCGUUCACUUGCAUAGUAUAUUUGACGAUAUUUGGCAGCCGUUGGAGAAUUAAUUAUUAUGUCUUCGAACUAAUUCAAAAUCAAUUCCUAAACAAAAUGAUUUGGAUCA